AUGGAUGAGAACUCCUUACGAGUGGGAAUCUUGACUGGACAUAGGAGGGCGUUUUGUGUAGGCGCUGAUCUGAAAGUUGAUCUAGAAUGGAGUACCCACGUUUCCGAUACGAUGUCCUCUCACACCCCGAUGCCAGUUACCUUCGGUGGGCUGACACGACGCAAAGGCAAAAAACCGGUAUUAGGCGCCGUGAACGGGCUCUGUCUCGGUGGUGGGGCCGAGAUGAUCAUUAAUAGUGAUAUGGUCAUUGCAGCGUCUCGUGUAGUGUUUGCUUUACCGGAAGUGAAACGCGGGGUAGUUGCCCUGGCUGGGGCAUUGCCUCGACUUGUGCGAACAGUGGGAAAGCAGCGGGCGAUGGAGAUAGUGUUAAUAGGACGGUUAUUAACCGCAAAGGAAGCGGAGAAGUGGGGUCUAGUGAAUGAGGUAAUGGAGGUGGAAUCGGGAAUCACAGAUGAGGAGGUGUGUCAAAAGGUGGUGGCGCGUGCGUUGCAGGUGGCCCGUGAAAUUGCGGGCAAUAGCCCUGAUGCAGUGACUGUGAGCCGUGAAGGCGUCAAGCUCGGAUGGGAAGGAGUUGGUGUGGAUGAAGCAAUGGCGAUAUUCAAUGAUACUUGGGUGGAGAAGUUAUAUAGAGGGGAAAACAUCAAAGAAGGAUUGGCGGCUUUUGUUGAGAAAAGAAGACCGGUUUGGUUGGAUAGCAAACUGUAA